AUGGCUUUCCCUCGCCGGCCGUCAACAGUCCUCCGCUACGUGAUAGCCGCUCUCCUGCUAACCCUCACCUUAUACAUACUCGCCGAACCCAUCGACUUCUCACUAAUCGGCCCACUGCUACUUUCCACGCCAUUGGGUCGGCUGUACUUCUCGAAUGAACACCCGAUCGAUAAGCUGAUCAAGGCAGCCGAGAUAGAGUUCGCGACCACGAUAUCCAGAGAAACCCAGACCCUCCCAGAUGCAGCCGCCGCUUAUCGAAAACGGCGUGGCCGACACCCGCCGCCAGGCUUCGACGAAUGGCACAAGUUUGCAAAGGAAAGGCACGCAAUUAUCGUGGAAGACUUUUGGGACCAAAUAUACCACGAUCUUGAGCCAUUCUGGGCGCUCAAACCAGCACAGAUCCGUAGGGACGCCCGUGAAUUCGAGAUGCGCAUCGAAGUUCGUGACCACAAGGCCUCAACAGGGAGUGGCUGGUUCUGGACGCAGAUAUGGCUUGAUAUGAUCCAAUCGAUUGAGCACUUGCUCCCAGAUAUGGACCUCGCUCUUAAUGCGAUGGACGAGCCGAGGAUAGUCGUGCCGUGGGAGGAUAUCGACCAGUAUAUCCACGAAGCUGCGAACACCAGGAAGAUGGCAGAUGUGAAGAAGGUGGUGUCUGAGUUCGGGGAGCUGCCGCCGCUUGGACAGGCGUCACUGGAGAAAGGGGGGGCUCGGGAGAUAACCUGGGAGCAUGAGAAGCACUAUUGGCUCAUUGCCCGCCGCGGGUGCCCCCCAGACAGUCCAGCCCAGAAAGCCGCGGUCGUAACCAACUUCGACCAAACCCCCAACAUCGCCAGCCCCUUCAGCCUGGAGCAUAUGCAAGACGGGUACGUAGCCAACUACACUCUCAGCACCACCUUUUGCCAUCAACCAGAUCUCCAAGCCCUCGAGGGAAUCUUCGUCGAACCCAUCAGCGUGUCGGCGACCAAGUCCCUCCUACCCAUCUUCGGUGGCUCCAAACUAGCCGUCAACAACGAUAUCCUCCUCCCAGCGCCCAUGUACUGGAACGAGGAGGAACGCUUCAUGGGUGCCGAGGGCGCCUCCAUCCCGUGGUCGGCCAAAGACCCCACCGCCAUCUGGCGCGGCGUCGCGACGGGAGGCACCAACCGGCCCACCAACUGGCGCGCCUUCCAGCGCCACCGCUUCGUCGCCAUGAACAACGCGACCCAGCUCCGCCUCGCCGCAUCAUCAUCAUCCUCACCAGCAGCACCCCAACCCCCACUCAACUUCGCCCUCCCCGACAAGCGCUACCACCACCACCACCUCCCCUCCCCCUCCACCCCCGCCCUCGCUGACUGGAUCUCCACCACCACCUCCAUCGCCCUCACAGACCUGAUUACCUGCCCGACAUCGACGGCAACUCCUUCAGCGGCCGCUACCCUCGGCUUCCUGCGCUCCACGUCCCUGCCGAUAAAGGCCACGCUGUGGCGCGAGUGGCACGAUGCGAGGCUGGUGGCGUGGAAGCAUUUCGUGCCGAUGGAUAGCCGGUUUGGGGAUUGGUAUGGGGUGUUGGAGUAUUUUGUUGGGGGUGGUGGUGGUGGUGGUGGUGGAGGGGCGAGUGGAAGUGUGGGGGAGGCGGGGAGGGAUGGUGUUGCGGAGGGGAUUGCCAUGGCGGGGAGGGAGUGGGCGGGCAGGGUGCUUCGCCGUGAGGAUAUGCAGGUGUAUGUGCUGCGGCUGUUGUUGGAGUAUGCGCGGGUGGUGGAUGAUAGGAGGGAGGUGAUGGGGUGGGUUGGGGAUUUACGGUGA